AUGCCAGUCGAAUUUGAACAUAGACUUCAAACUAAUGAUGUGCCAGAGUUCAAGUAUGUUACUCCAGCAAUUGAAUCUUCCAUGGACAUUUUGGCAGUUGACAAAAAAUCCGUCAAAAAGUUCGUCGCCUUCGGAAAAUGGAUGGAGAAUUUACAGAGGAAAAAUUCGUCGGUAACUGGUAAAAAUCCGUCGUCUCUGGAUUUCUCACCCCGUCGUUCUCUCGGUCUCUCACUGUGUCCUGGCAUUCGCUUCGUCAGAAUCAGUGAAACAGCAUCUGCUCUCUCGGGUGGUGGUGGUGGUCGUCUUUUCAACCAGGUGAACUACAGUUCUCGACCCUGUUUGUCAGAUUUGAAGAGCAGCAUCUUGCAGAAGCUUGGGGUUUUUGGGAGCAAGUUUGUGAAGAAGAUCUUCUACAAGAUUCCCAUCGCUGUAGUUUCCAGCGGUGUGAUGUAUGAUACAUUCGUGUUAGCGGCUGACGAAGAUAUUAGGGUUCUGUUUCAUUGUGUAAGGAGUUUUCCUGAGGUCAGAAUACACGAGUUGUAUGCGAAGUUGGAGGUAACUCUGGAUAGUUAUGGGGCAUCGGCUCCUGUUCAUAGCUCGACUGCCGCAGGCGGUGCGUCUUGCUCGGUGCCAGCGAUCCGGCCAUCUGUUCCGCAGGUUGCCUCACCUUCCUUUGCGGCUGAUCUGGUACCAACGGUGGCAGUUCGUACUGUACGUUCCCCUAAUGAAGGGGUCAUGCAGCAGGCAUUUCUGGGGGAAUCAGGUCGUGCCACAGAUGAUGAACUUCAAGGAUUCGGGGAACCUGAUCAAGUAGAGAAUGCAAUGCGGGACGAUGACUCUGACCAGGAGCCUGUAAAUAUCUUUGGGGACAGCGAUGAUGACACCGGUGCUAAUCCACAUGCACAACAAGGUCCUUCAAGUUCCGGCAAACAGCAUUACCCUCCACACUUCUCGACGCUAAACUUGGAGGCUCUGGGUGAACACCCGGCGGGAAUUGCUACAGUUGGUGGAUCGUCAACCAAAUUUCAGAUUGGGCAAUCCUUCCAGAGUAAAGAUGAAGCUGUUCUUAGUGUGAAGGACUAUAGCAUCCGUCGAGGUGUUGAGUACCGAGUGUUGGAAUCGGACCAUUUGAAGUAUCAUGGAAAGUGCAAGGAUUUCGGCAAAAGUUGUAGUUGGCUGAUUCGGAUUUCGCUCCGAGCACGAAAGGGCACUUGGGAGGUUAGGAGGUACAACGGUCCCCACACUUGCUUAGCCACAUCUAUUUCCAGUGAUCACCGUCAGCUUGAUUACCACGUUAUCUGUGCGAGGAUUUUUCCGUUGGUUAGUGCGGAUGCUGCAGUACCGAUCAAGGUAUUGCAACAAGCAACUGAAGUUGAUUACGGCUUCAAGCCCAGUUACCGGAAGGUUUGGAAAGCAAAACAGAAGGCAGUUGCACAAAUAUAUGGAGAUUGGGAAGAGUCUUAUGCCGAGUUGCCACGUUGGAUGCUAGGAGUGGAGUUGACGAUGCCCGGGACAGUUACUGUGUUACAGAAGUCUCCUGUUAGAGUUGUGGACCAGAUUGAUGAGUCAACAGUGUACUUUCAUCGUCUGUUCUGGACAUUUUCACCUUGCGUUGAGGCCUUCCAACAUUGCAAGCCGCUUGUGAGUAUUGAUGGUACCCACUUGUAUGGCGAAUAUGGAGGCACCUUACUGUUGGCGAUUGCACAGGAUGGGAACUCAAACAUCCUCCCGAUAGCAUUCGCCCUUGUGGAGGGGGAAAAUGCCGAGUCAUGGGCUUUUUUCUUGUCCAACUUAAGAACACAUGUGACUCUACAGGAGGGUAUCCUUGUUAUCUCAGACAGGCAUAACGGUAUCAAGUCUGCACUUGAGGAUCCUGUGAAUGGUUGGCUGCCCCCACGUGCUUAUUGGGCGUACUGUAUCCGUCAUGUGGCAGCAAAUUUCAGCCUUUCUUUUAAAGGUAAAGAUGCGAGAAGAAUGCUGGUUAAUGCUGCGUACGCAAAAACUGAGGCGGAGUUCUAUUACUGGUUCGACAUCAUGCGUACAGAGAAUCCGGCCAUGUGUGACUUAAAUGGUAUGCAAUUUCCAAAUGUUGUAAUCUGGUAA